UUUAUGUACACCCAAGGAAACUUUUAUACUCAAAGGUGGUAAAGUGACCAGUCUCAGCCUUAAUACUUCAGAUCAGAAGGGGAGGGGGGAAGAUUAAUUUUUUCCCUGACCCAGAAUUAUGGAUAUAAAAGACCGAAGGCACCGCUCUUUGACUAGAGGUCGGUGUGGGAAGGAAUGUCGCUAUACAAGUUCUUCACUGGACAGUGAGGACUGCAGAGUGCCUACUCAGAAGUCCUACAGUUCAAGUGAAACACUGAAAGCUUAUGAUCAUGACUCCAGAAUGCACUAUGGAAAUCGAGUCACUGACCUAGUUCACAGAGAAUCAGAUGAGUUUCCAAGACAAGGAACUAACUUCACCCUCGCUGAACUAGGAAUAUGUGAGCCCUCUCCCCAUCGAAGUGGUUACUGCUCAGACAUAGGAAUACUCCAUCAAGGCUAUUCCCUCAGCACUGGGUCUGAUGCUGACUCAGAUACAGAGGGAGGAAUGUCUCCAGAGCAUGCCAUACGACUGUGGGGGAGAGGGAUUAAAUCCAGGCGCAGUUCCGGUCUGUCAAGCCGUGAAAAUUCUGCCCUUACCCUGACUGACUCUGACAAUGACAAUAAAUCAGAUGAGGAAAACGGUAGGCCUGUUUAUCCAGUAUUUGACACUAGAAUACAAUUAGAGUACCUGCUAAGUGAAACUUCAAACAAAUUUGAAAGCUCCUCCUCAUCAAGUGUAAAAAGGUAA